AUGGUGUUCGAGUCAGUGGUUGUCGAGGUGCUGAACAGAUUUUUGGGAACCUACGUGGAGAAUCUAGACGCAUCGCAGCUGAAACUGGGCAUUUGGGGUGGCGAUGUGGCUUUGAAUAAUCUGGACAUCAAAGACAGUGCAUUGGAUGAUCUAGAUCUGCCAGUGAAGCUGAAAUCUGGCUUUUUGGCUAAGCUGACGCUCAAGAUCCCGUGGAAGAACUUGUACACCGAACCGGUCGUGGCCGAAGUGGAAGGCCUCUAUGUUCUGGUUGUGCCAAACCUAGGCAUCAAGUACGAUGAAGCUAAAGAGCUCAAGGCUCAGCUGGAAUCCAAAAAAGCCGAACUGAUGCGGAUCGAACAGGCUGCUCUUCAGAAGUCAAGUGUGACAUCUUUUCGUCAUUUGUGAAA